AUGGUUUCAAUCCGAAGGCCAACCCCACCGUUCUUGACUACUUCCUGCGAGCGCCCCGUGCAGAACUUUACCGAACGAAAGCCAGAACAAGCCGAGAGACACGUCGAACGCAACUCUGGCGAGACUAUCGCGGUCGAUGCUCCACCCUUGCACCAUGCAAGCGGGUCACCACCUGCUGCUCUUCAACCUGUCAUAAUCUAG